AGCUCCACCAACAGGAGGUGGUCCACCUCCACCACCAGGUCUUAUCGGAGCUUUUGCUGGUGCCCCUGCUGGUAGAAAGGUAGGUGGAAAAUCCCUGAGGUCUCUGGGCGAGGACGACGAGCAAGACGAAUGGAGUCGGAGCACUAAAAGUCCGGAAACGUUCACUUCGAUCGUAGAUGAGACAAGUGAGCAGGAUAUGGACUACAGCCUAGGAAGACGGCAAUCCGAGACAGAAUCCCAGCUGAGCGCCAUGGAAGAAUUACAAGCGCAGGUUCUACGAAUGAUAACGUCAUAG